AUGCCUCCUGAAAUAGACAUAACUUUACCAAUAAAUGGAUAUGAGAAAAUCGACCAAUCAUUAUCUGAUCAUGAUCAGAAUAUAAUACGUAUUAAGAAAUAUCUUCUUAUCCUUCUUUUUAUACAAUUAUUUGUAUGUAUUAUUACUUUUGGUGUUGGCUCUUCUGCAAUAUUAUUUGGAAAUUCUGUUGAUAUUUCAAAUGGAAUUAGAUUAUUGAUACUAGGGAUUGUUUUAACUCUCUAUUAUAUAUUUGGUCUUGUAGUUACAUAUAAACAACAUCGAAUUGGAUUACUUAUAUUUGCAUCAAUUGGAGUGAUUCUUUCAAGUGAUCCUAAUUUUAAAUUAUCUUGUAAUAUUCUACGUUCAAAACUUAUUCCACAAGAAAAAUCAAUAAUUGAUUUGAUUCUUACUAAUAAUAAUCCUGAACAAGCAGAAAUUAUUUUACCUGAUGGACAAAUAUUUGUUUGGUAUUUUGCUAUUGGUAGUAUGAUUAAUCCAAUAUCUCUUUAUCUUCGUGAUUUAACACCGAUCAUAUCUUAUCCUGUAAUAUGCAAGGAUCAUAAAAUUGUAUUUCGAAGUCCUAAUGGAAUGGCUGAUAUUGAAGCUUGUCUCGAUGCCGAAUUUCAUGGAGUUGUUCAUCUGCUUACCAAUGAACAGAUGAAACACUUAGAUGAAAUUGAAUUUACUUAUCAUAGAAUUAAGAUUAAAUGUAUUGAUUAUCAAGGUCAAUAUCAUACAGCUUAUGCUUAUCAAAUGAAUAUUAAAGAUCAAUUAUCUAGUAUUCCAUAUGAACGUUAUUUAGAUAUUAUAGUAAAAGGUUGUGAAUAUUAUGGAGUUCAAUCAGUAUAUAUAAAUCGUUUGAAAGAUGAACAACCAGUUAUACCUCGAAAACAACCAGCAAAUUUUCAAUCAUUUAAAGAUUUUCUAUCUGAUACUUAUUACUCUCUAGACGAGCUGCAAAAACAUAAUGGAGAUGAUCCUUCACUUCCAUUAUGGGUUUCUAUAAAUGGAAAAAUCUUGGAAUAUGCUGGAUUACCACCAAAUGAUCAUCCUGAUUAUGAAGUACAACAAAAAUUUUAUACAUUUGUUAAACAAAAACUUGGUGGACGUGAAGUCACUAAUAUAGCGGCUAAAGGAUUAUAUGACCCAUUAUAUAAAAUACCUUUAAAUGAUGAAGAUAUAUGUGAUGAACAUCGAGCACAAAUUGAAGAUUAUUAUUAUGAUACAUUAGGUAAUUCACAAAAUAAACUCUAUUGGAAACCAAUUGGACGUCUUCGUCAGCCAGACGAUUCAUCAUAA